AUGAUGCAAAUCCUGGCGUCUCCUGAUACGCGGAGUCAACGUGCAAUUUUGAUUAGACAACGGAAAGAGAGGCUAGAGGCUGCCCGUCGGGCGUCACUACUCGGUCGAACAACAGCCGACACACUAUUAUCAGCGCCGGAGGCGGCGUCGAGCAGCGAUCGCGGAGAGCACACUAACAGUCGCUCUCCAUCAACCAGCUAUUCCAGCUGCAUCGACGACGAGCGAAAGUUCUCCAGUCCUCAUCGUAGACGAGUAGUCGAUGUCAGCGAUCAUAAGACAUGUGCACUGUUGAUGACGAGGAUGAAAGAGGCAAGUAGACAGCUGCCGUCGCCGAACCAUCUAUCCAAACUUUGA